UUUAAGAGAUGGAAAAAACAAGGCUAGUUGUAUUGCUUUGCUUCUUCAUAGUUGUUAUAGUUCAAGGUGUUGAAUUAGGUCCCAACGUUGUUGAAAAAUGGUUCGAUAAGCUUCCUCAUGCAAAGCAAAAGGUAACUAAAUUUCAUUUCUAUUUUCACGACAUAGUUAGUGGGAAGAAUCCAAGUGCAAUUACAAUAGCACAAUCCAAUAUGACUACAAAAUCCCCAACUUUCUUUGGUUCUGUUGCAAUGAUAGACGACCCACUGACAGUUGGGCCAGAGCCCAACUCGACAAUAGUGGGUCGAGCUCAAGGGAUUUAUGGUUCAGCUGAUCAAAAUGAGGCUGCCCUUCUCAUGACCUACAACAUUGUGUUCACAACUGGUAAGUAUAAUGGUAGCACACUGAGCGUACUUGGUCGGAACCCAGUAUUUAACCAGUACCGUGAGAUGCCAAUCGUUGGUGGUUCUGGAGUUUUUCGGUUGGCUCAGGGAAUCGCUACUGCGAAGACUUAUUGGUUCAAUUUGACCAGUGGGGAUGCUGUUGUUGAGUAUAAUGUUAUGGUCCUACAUUACUCACAUUAAUUUAAUUUGAAUCUUUGUUUGUUGGUAAUUAUUUGUAAUCUAUAGUUUCUCUAUUUUGUGUGAAGGAUAUAAAUAUGUGUUUUGA